AUGACUGAGGUUAGUACCACACCAUUUGCGGAGCCGCCGUAUUUGCGCGGUCUACCGUCCCCCUACUACACACCUGCGCAUCGUCGCUUCCAGAAGGCUUGUCGCGAAUUCCUCUGGGAGCAUCUAUUGCGCCAUGCCAUGGACUGGGAGCGCCAGGGUACCGUACCGGAACACGUCUUCGAGACGUUCUGCCAACAUAACAUGUUGUUGCCGAACCUCCCUGCGCCAUUGCCGGUUGGGUGGCUGAAGCGGUUGGGCAUCCAUGACAUUCUUGGGGUCAAGAUCGAGGAUUGGGAUUACAUGUAUACAGGGAUCUACUGCGACGAGCUGGCUCGCUCUGGCCUUGCCGGUCCCGGGGCAUCUUUGAAUGCUGGAUUUGCAUUUGGCAUUCCCCCGGUUAUCAAGUACGGAAGUGAAGAGCUACAGGAGCGGUUCCUGCCCGAACUGUUGACUGGCAAGAAACGCGCUUGCAUUGCUAUCACGGAGCCCGAAGCUGGCAGUGAUGUGGCCAAUCUGACGACAACGGCCAAGAAGACUCCUGACGGCAAGCAUUACAUUGUUAACGGGUCCAAGAAAUGGAUCACCAACGGCAUCUGGUCCGACUACACUACCAUGGCUGUCCGCACGGGUGGCCCCGGAGCUGCUGGGCUGUCGGUCUUGUUGGUGCCUCUGAAGGGUUAUCCCGGAGUCACCAUGCGUCGAUUGAACGUGUCCGGACAAAAGACCGGUGGCACCACGUACAUUGAGCUGGACGACGUGGCUGUCCCUGUGUCGAACCUGAUAGGACGCGAAGGCGAAGGCAUGCGCAUUAUCAUGACCAACUUCAACCACGAGCGACUCACGAUUGCCGUGGGUGUGACGCGCCAGGCCCGCGUCGCGUUGUCCGCGGCCGUCCAGUACUGCUUGAAGCGCGAGGCGUUUGGAAAGACACUCAUGGACCAGCCCGUGGUGCGACACCGUCUGGCCAAAGCCGGCGCGGAGCUCGAGACGAUGCACGCGUGGGUCGAGCAGAUCUUGUACCAGCUCUGUCAUAUGAACAAGGAGGAAGGCGACCUACGACUGGGAGGGAUCACGGCGCUGGCCAAGGCCAAAUCAGCCAUGGUGCUGAACGAGUGCGCGCAAUGUGCGGUGUUGCUGUUCGGAGGGAACGGCUUUACAGCGACGGGGCAGGGCGAGCUGGUCGAAGCUAUCUACCGCGACGUCCCCGGAGCGAGAAUUCCCGGAGGAUCGGAGGAUGUGUUGCUCGAUUUGUCGGUACGUCAAUUGGUCAAGGUGUACCGGGCAGAGGAGAAGAAGCUGGGUCGGGCGAAGAUUUAG